AUGAAUUUUAAAUUGUGUAAUAAAGAUUUAGAAGGUUAUUUAAAUUUAACUGGUUUUGUUAAUUUAAAGAAUUUGGAUUGCUCAAAUAACCAAUUAACCAGUUUAAAUGUGGUUGAUUGUUUGCAAUUGGAAAGCAUUCAGUGUGAUUCUAACAAACUCACUAGUCUAAAUUUGUCUGGUCUAAACCAAUUAAAGGUAGUCAGUUGUAGUGAUAAUUAUCUAACUAACUUUGAUUAUUUCUCUUCUGAUCUUAAUUUUGAUAACUUGAUUGCUUUAAAUAUAAGGAAUAAUAACCUUGCUGGGCAGGAUUUAUCUUUGGAACCUUUAAAAAAUGCCCUCAAGUUGGAAAUUUUGGACAUUUCUAAUACUGAUAUUGAUUCUGGUUUGGAGUAUUUACCAAAGAGCUUGAACAUAGAGGAAAUUUAUUAUUCCAAUGAGUAUAGACCUGAAAGUUGUUUAAUUUUAUUUUAUCCAAAGGAAAAGAAAAAAGAAAUUACUGAAUUAAAUAUUAAUGAAGAAAGUUUAGAAGGUUAUUUGAAAAUUGAAGGAUUCAUUAAUCUUAGAGAGUUACGUUGUUAUAAUAACCAACUUAUUUCCUUAGAAGUAGUUAAUUGUCCUAAUUUAGAGUUAAUUAAUUGUGAUCAUAAUCAACUUAAAAGAUUAGAUAUUCAAAAUUGUUUUAAUUUAAGAACGCUUAGUUGUCAAAAUAAUCUUUUAAAUAAAUUGGAUUUAAGUCAAAAUGGUAAGUUAGAAAUAUUAAACAUUGAUGAUAAUAAUUUUCCUCCUCAAGAUUUGUCUUUUUUAAGUCAUUUGUUCAAUUUGAAAGGUUUAGGACUAGGAAAUGGUAAUGAAAAGAGGAUAAAAAAAGGUAUUUAUAAUCAUUUUGUUGGUUCUCUAAAAUUUUUGCAAAAUAUGGCUAAGUUAGAAAUAUUAGGUAUUGAUAAUACUGAUCUGAGCGAUGAUCUAGAGUACUUGCCUGAUAGUGUUAGAUUUUUUUGGUGUUCAGCAAAAUACAGAGGUGAUUCUAAAGUAAAGAAUAUUUAUAAUCUUCUCACUGGCGAAUUAGGAGAAAAGAUGACAGAUGAGAAAUUUGGAUUUAUAAAGGUAACUUAUGAUGGUGAUGUCAAACUUGUUCCUAAAGGUUAUGGCGAAAUAUCAAAUGAUUCUAAACACCCAAAAGUAACUGUUAGUAAGUUAGAUAUCAAAGAAAAAAGUUUGGAGGCUAGUUUGGAUCUGAAUAACUUUGUGAACUUAGAAGAAUUAGAUUGUUCUUUUAAUCAAUUAAGUAAACUUGACCUAAGUAAUUGUUUUAAUCUUAGAAAAAUUAAUUGUUCAAAUAACAUUUUGCUUACAGAGGUUAAGUUGCCCCUAGAUGGAAAAAAAUUGGAAGAAUUAAAUUUAGAAAAUAACAAUCUUUCAAGACAGAAUUUAUCAUGUUUUAGCAACUUGAUAAAUUUAAAGGAGUUAAAUAUUGGAAGUUUUGAAAAAAUAGGAGCAAAAGUCCCAGAGAAAAAUAACAUAGAAAAUAAAUAUAAUCGAUUUUAUGGUAGUUUGGAACCUUUAAAAAACUUAACCAAACUAGAAAGUCUCGAUAUUAGUAGUACCGAUGUUGACUCCGGCUUAGAAUACUUGCCUGAUAGUUUAAAAGUACUUAAAUGUUUUACUGAUAAAAAACCAGAAGCUAAACCUUUAAAAACAGUGAUAACUGUACCUGCUCUAACCAGUCAAAGUGAAUUGUCACUAUCAGAAAAAGAAAAGUUGCCGCUUCGACUUUAUAAUAUUGGAAGAGGUAUAACAGACUUAGAAACAAAAAACAUCGAAGAGUUAAAAAAGCAUGUUGAUUCAAAAGAGCAAAUUGAUAUAAAGAAAAAUUAUGCUACCUUAUCUUAUGUUUGA